AUGCGACAUAAAACAGUGCUUAUUACUGGAGGUAAUGCUGGUAUCGGUUAUGAAACUGCGAAAGAACUUCUUCGACGAGGUGCACGUGUUAUUAUUGCUUGUCGUAAUAUAAGUAAAGGUCUUCAAUCAUUAACAAAACUUCAUUUGGAAACAAAAUGUAAACAAGAUAGUAUUCGAUUAAUGGAAUGUGAUCUAUCUUCUUUUGAAUCUGUUCGAAAAUUUGCUAAAUUAUAUAAUGCAAAAGAAGAUCGUCUUGAUGUAUUAAUUUGUAAUGCUGGUCUUAUUUAUUCACCGAAUAUUUAUACUAAAGAUGGAUUAAAUUCAAUUAUGCAAACGAAUUAUCUCGGUCAUUUUUUAUUAACAAAUCUAUUAUUAGAUAAAUUAAAGCAAUGUCGAUCAAGUCGAAUUAUUAAUGUUUCAUCAAGUGCACAUAAAUAUCCUCCAACAAAUAAAGGAAUAACCGCAUUAGUUAAUUUUAAAAGUGAUGCCAUAUGGGGUUCUUAUGGCCCAUCUAAAGCAUGUCAGAUUUUAUCAUCUUACAAACUUAAACAAGAUCUAUUAGAUCAUGGUGUUGAUGUAUUUGCAUUAAAUCCCGGAUGGAUAUGGACUUCAUUUCAAGAUUCAUUGCAUCCAGCACUCGGUACAUGGCUCUUUGUUAUUGUUUAUCCGUUGUUAAUUAUUGCAAAAUUUAUCUUUGGUAAAACACCAUUGACAGGUGCACGUACGACUGUCUAUUGUGCUGUUGAACCAUCUUUGAAAGAUUCAUAUAUUUUGUAUUUUGAGAAUUGUGCUCCGGCCAAACCUAGCUCAUUAUGUACGAAUAGUGAAUCGGCUGAAUAUUUGUGGAAAUUAAGUUGUGAAGCUGUUGGACUGUGA